AUGAACGCCGAGGGACCGCUGCCCCCGGCUGCCCCCCGCGGGCACCCGGGCCGCCUGCUGGUGCCCGAGCGGACCAAGACUGCCCUCGCAUUGUUGUAUGAUGACGAAUUGGAAAAUGCCUAUGACGUCCGGCUGAAGCUGACAAAGGAGGUGCUGACCAUUCAAAAGCAAGAUGUCAUCUGUGUGGAUGGAGCUCAUCCCAGCGCCAAUCACAGAACUGUUACACUUCACCGACAGCCUGUGGGAGGCCUGGGCCUGAGCAUCAAGGGAGGAGCCGAACAUGGUGUUCCUGUCGUCAUAUCCAAAAUAUUCAAAGAUCAAGCAGCUGACCACACAGGGAUGUUGUUCAUAGGAGAUGCUGUGCUCCAGGUUAAUGGCAUUAAUGUAGAAAGUGCGACACAUGAAGAAGUGGUGCAUCUUCUGAGAAAUGCUGGUGAUGAAGUUACCAUUACUGUUGAAUAUCUCAGGGAAGCACCCUCAUUUCUGAAGCUCCCAUUAGGGUCCCCAGGGCUGUCCAGUGACCACAGCAGCAGGGCAUCUUCACCCCUCUUUGACAGCGGCCUGCACCUGAAUGGACACUGCAGCCACACAGCUCCAUCAUCACCUUCCUCGCCCAUAGCUGAUGAACCAAAGUAUGAGAAGCGCUGGCUAGACACCUUGUCAGUUCCUCUGUCUAUGGCUCGGAUCUCCCGAUACAAAGGAGGAAUAGAAAAGCUCAGAACGAGUGCAUUCGAGGUGUUGGCACUUGAUGGAGCCAGCUCAGGAGUCCUUCAGUUAUACACAGCCCAGGACUGUGCUGACUGGCUACGUGCUGUGUCAGCCAAUAUCAGUGACCUGACACUUCAACAGAUGAAAAUGGCCAAUAAAUGCUGCUCUCCCUGUGAUCAGGUGGUGCACAUGGGGUGGGUGAACGAGAGGCUCCAGGGAGCUAAUACCUCUCACCUCUUCAGACCCAAGUUCCUGGCCCUGAAGGGAUCAUCAGUGUACAUUUUCAGCACUGCUCCGGUGAGCACACUGGACUGGGGAAGAGCAGAAUGUGUCUACAACCUCUGUGAGGUGCUACUUAAAGUUCAUAAGUUCUGGCUUACAGAUGACUACUGGCUACAGGCAAACUUGUAUCUGGGUCUCCAGGACUUUGACUUUGAGGACCAUAGACCAUAUUGUUUCAGUGUUAUGGCAGGCCACAGGAAAAGCCACGUCUUCGGUGUGGAACUGGCCAGUGAGCUUGCGGUGUGGGAGAAGUCAUUCCAAAGAGCAACUUUCAUGGAAGUGCAAAGAACUGGGUCAAAAACAUAUAUGUGCAGCUGGCAAGGAGAAGUGCUGUGUUUCACAGUGGAUUUCGCUCUGGGAUUUACCUGCUUUGACGGUAAGACCAAGAAUGUGCUUUGGAGAUUCAAAUUCUCUCAGCUUAAGGGAUCUUCAGAUGAUGGGAAUACUCGAGUGAAGCUGCUAUUUCAGAAUCCAGACACCAAGCAAAUCGAGAUGAAGGAGCUGGAGUUCCAGGACCUGACAGCAGUCCUUCACUGCAUCCACUCCUUCAUUGCUGCCAAGGUAGCCUCCCUGGAUCCUGUGUUUAUGGACAGUCAGAGCAUGACAAGGAGAUACAUGUGCAGCAGUUGAAAAUGCUUCUGGAGACUUCUGAAAAUUUAAAUUAUUUUCUUAAGAAAUGAAUCUUUCCUGCACAAUACUGCAACUUUGUGUGGUUUUAUAAUGAGCCUAUAGUUGUGAUACCAAUAAAGACAUCACUAGUUUCACAGA